AUGCAUCGGCACUGCAAAUCUCUACUAGAUGCUGUAGAGUAUUUAGGUGUAGACUUUCGGGCCCAUGUCAAGACACACAAGACUCUGGAAGGAGUUCGCCUGCAAGCUGGGGAAGGGAACAAAGAUGUUCGACUCGUAGCAUCAACCGUUGCUGAAAUUGAGUUUCUACAACCGUUGUUACACGAAUUUAUGGAAAGUGGCCGCCAGGUCAAUGUCCUUUACGGCAUCCCUUUGCCACCCUCCCAGGUUGACCGCCUGGCAGCUAUCGGUCGGCGGCUGGGUCAAGGCACCAUUUCUGUCAUGAUUGAUCACGUAUCCCAGCUCAGUCAUGUGGUUCGCUUUGCAGAGCAAGCCUCUUUUCCAGCUGGAGUCUACUUGAAGGUCGACACAGGCUACCACCGAGCAGGCCUACCUCCUUCAGGUCUCAACAAGGACGACUUGGUUUCAAGGCUGAUUAACCUUGACAAUGAAGGCAAAAUAAACUUCAUUGGGCUUUACUCGCACAGUAGUCUCAGCUACAAUGACUCCACCGCCAAGCAAGCAAUGGCCAAUCUCGGAGGCGAACUCACCGGCUGUCUUGAUGCGCUCGAAAAAAAUGCGCACCUGUUCUCGAGUGACAAAGAAAUAACCAUCAGUGUCGGAGCCUCGCCGCAGACUUUGCACAAGGUCGUGACCGAAAGACACUGUGGAUUUCGCACCAAACUUGAACUUCACGCUGGUGUAUACUCUCUGCUCGAUGUUCAACAGUUUUCUACGCAUUCCCGAGCUCACCUAGGAGACUACGAGGAUGAGAUAGCCAUCUCUGUCAUGGCAGAAGUCUGCAGCGUUUAUAACGAUGGCGAGCGGCAGCAACCUGAAGCUUUACUUGCAGUUGGAGUGUUGGGAUUGGGACGUGAGCCUUGUGCGGCAUAUGAGGGAUGGGGAAUUAUCGAUCGUGACGCUUAUUCUCCUGAUACGCCGAAUCUUGAUCGCCGACUGAUCGUGAAGCGGGUGAGUCAGGAACACUGCAUUGUGUCCUGGGGGCUUACCAAGGGACAUGACGAUGAAAAUUCUCAACAACCCAUACCCUUAGAGGUAGGCCAGACGGUUCGCAUUUAUCCGAAUCAUGCUUGUAUUACCGGAGCCUUGUAUGGUUGGUAUUAUGUAGUCGAUUCAUCAGAGGACGGGCACCGAGUUGUAGAUGUUUGGGAAAGGGCAAACGGGUGGAAAAUGCCAAUUGCUAUGUAG